AUGGAGGGAAUGAAGCACUUUGUUUUCGUUGAUGCAGCUUGCUUUGGAGAAUGGCCUUGGUUCAAGGUCAGGAUACCUCUCCAAGCAGCUGGUCACCUAAUCACUACUAUAGACAUGGGUACUACGGCGCUCAACGCCAAGAGUUUCGAUGAGAUUUAUCCUCUUUCAGAUUUUAUGGAGCCACUGUUAAAGUUCCUGGCCUCUCUAAAGGCUGAUGAUAAAGUUAUUCUUGUUGGCCAUAGCUAUGGGGGGAUUAGCAUUGCUCUUGCCAUGGAAAAAUUUCCACAAAAAGUUUCGGUUGGAGUUUUUGUGUCCGCUUUUAUGCCUACCUAUAAAUCUUCCCCGGGAGCCCUUAUAGAAGAAUAUUUGAACAGGACCCCGUUAGAAUCCUUGAUGGAUUGCCUGUUAAAAUUCGACCAUGGAGUGGAUACAAUUCAAUCAUCUAUUUGCUUUGGUCGAGAAUACAUGAAGGCCAAGGUGUUUAAGAACUGCACGGAAUCGAUUGUGGAGAUUGCAAAUCAAAAGGUUAGAACAACCAAGUUUUGCAAAGAAGAUAUAUCUAAAGAUUCCCUCUUAACCAAAGAGAGGUACGGAUCCAUUGAUCGAAUUUAUGUGAUGUGCGGAGACGAUGAAGUGAUAGAGCCAGAGUUUCAACGAGAGAUGAUCGAGAAUGACCCUCCGAAAGAAGUGUUUACAAUUAGUGGUGCUGACCACAUGCCUAUGCUCUCUAAGGUUGAAGAGUUGAGCAAAAUCUUGGAAGAUAUUGCUUACAAAUAUUAA